AGGCGAGUGGAGUGCGCCAGUGUCUCUUGACGAUGGCUGCGACCUGCGAGUGCUACGCCCAGCACAUGCGAGACGACAUUGCAGAAAACCUCUACCACCUGCCCUAUGUCAUGCCCCGGCGAAUAGCUGUCAUUGGAGAUGAAGUCUACUUCACACUUCGGUCCGCUCACAAAAUCGUCAAGUACAACCUGCCAAACAACUGCCUAUCCAUGAUUAACCCGCCGCCACACACUAGGAGCCCAAUUGCUCUCAUGGUGAUGGAGGACAGUUCGCUGGGGUUUGCCUGCACUGAGAGUUCUACUCUUUAUCUGUGGUCAAGGAAGGUGAAUUCAGAAGCAGCUGCUGAAUGGGUAAAAUGCAGGAGCAUCGAGCUGGAGACAAUUGUGCCCGUCGUGGAUCCAGAUUACCAACCAUUUGUGGUUGGUUCCGCAGAGGGUGUGGGUGUCAUCUUCAUCAACACAGAUGCUGGCUUAUUCACUCUAGAGCUCAAGUCAGGGCGAGUCAGGAAGGUUGACGAGCCCGCACACUACUUUAGCGUCCUGCCCUACAUGAGCUUCUACACUCCAGAUCGUGGCAUAUUGUUGGCGCUAUCGAAGACCCACUGAUCUCUGAUGUGCCGCUCAAUAGUGAUGAAUUGCAAAUGGGCAAACCCAUCAUCUUUAGUCUGCUGCCGUCGGCUUCUUCCAAGCUACUAAUACCAGGUUGUGUUUUGUUUCUGUUGAGGAGUUUAAGCAUGAAGGGUGGAAGUCAAUUGUUAUGCAGUUUAAGCGUGAAUCGUGCAAGCUACCAUGUU